AUGUCCGCACCCUCUCCAGCACCCUCUCCAGCACCCUCGGCUCAGCCGCGGCGUUCGGCUCUGAAGAACGACAAUGAUGGUGAGGGUUCCAAAACCCCGCCCUUGAGCGCACUGGCCAAAGCCGUUCAGAUUGCUGAACCUGAGUCGUCGCCUCACGAUGAGGCCUCAAUCAAGAAGCAGUUUCCUGCAGGCGUUGGCAGGAGGCUGAGUGGACGCCCUGGCCUGUCUGCCACGCCGUCUAGGUCCUCGACUCUCAGCCAGACUCCCAGCAUCGAUGUUGCCGGCGAAACCGAGCUCACUGCUUCUCCGGCACCCAUUGAAGAACCUCAAAACAGUGGCGUCGCCUCCUACCACCGCCAUAGAAUUGAUCGCGUGAGUGAGAAGUUGGUAGCUCAGGUAGCUGAAUGGCUCCACCGAGAGAAAGCCAAGAAAGAGUCUAGAAAGAGUCGGAAGCAUUCUUCGCGCCGCAAGUCACCUCCAGAGACGCCUGAAGCCGGUCGUCCUCGUGCCGAUUCUCUCGAGUCUGAUUCGAGUGAAGUGUCUCUUGAUCGACUUCAGAGGAUUCUCGACGACAGCAUGUCGGCUUUGGGGCUGGGGUCUGUUCCUCACCUAGGACCUCGUCUAAGCAAGAAGCACCGGAAGAGGUCUAGUAGGAGCCUCAGAGGUGCGGCAUCAUCGGACACGGAAUUUUUCGAUGGUGAUGUUGUGGUUCCCAGCUGUGAUGCAGCCCUCGACAACUCCAAGACCAUGAGCUACACUGGAGGCAAGGCGGCCGACGACAACGCUUCUAUCUCUAGCCGCAGGGAGGAUAAAGAGAAGCAAGCCUGGACUGUGUUCAAGAAUGAAAUCAUUCGUUUGGCACACACGCUGAGGCUCAAAGGGUGGAGGAGGGUGCCCCUUGACAGCGGAGAGCAGAUCUCAGUUGAACGUCUCAGCGGCGCAUUGACAAACGCUGUGUAUGUGGUCUCGCCGCCCCCUGAAUCGGCACUGCUUCCCGCCGAGGGCAAGAAGACGCCGGGCAAGGUGCUGCUAAGAAUCUAUGGUCCCCAGGUGGAGCACCUCAUCGACCGUGACAACGAGCUGAGCGUGCUUAGAAGGCUGGCCAGAAAGAAGAUUGGCCCUCGCCUGCUUGGCACUUUUUUGAACGGUCGGUUUGAGCAAUACCUCAACGCUGCUGCGCUCACUUCGCAAAGCAUGCGGGAGCCGGAUACCUCCAGACAGAUUGCUAAGCGCAUGAGGGAGCUUCAUGACGGCGUGGAGCUGUUGGAGGAAGAGAAGGCUCUUGGCCCCAGUGUUUGGAGAAACUGGGACAAGUGGCUUGCCCAAGUCGAGAAGACUGUUUUGUUCCUUGACAAGCAAUACAAUGACGGGCCAAACGACCUGUCUCGUGGUCCUAGCGACAGCUGGAAGAAGAAGGGUUAUGUCUGCGGAGUGGAAUGGCCGGCCUUCAAGGAGCUGGUCCGAAAGUAUCGCGAGUUUCUUGAUGGCCAGUAUGGCGACCCGAAGAAGAUCAGAGAGAAGCUUCUACUGAUGUUUGGUGCGCAGACUCAAUACGGCAAUAUUCUCCGCGUCCGUCCGGACGAUCAGAAAUCACCCCUUCUUCAGCCCGCCAACGAGCACAAGCAAUUGGUUGUUAUUGAUUUUGAGUAUGCCGGUGCCAACAUUCCAGGACUUGAGUUUGCCAACCAUUUCUCCGAAUGGACAUACGACUAUCAUGACGCGCGGUACCCUCAUGUUUGCAACACCGCCAAGUAUCCUAACGUUGACCAGCAGCGCCGGUUUAUCAGGGCCUAUGUCGAUCAUAGGCCUAGGUUCCCGUAUAUUGACUCUGCCAAAAGCACGCCCGCCACGACACCCACAGGGACCGGACCAGGAACUUCUAUUCACACGGCGGGAUCUACAACCUCUAUUGCUGACUUUAUGCUGGAUGCCCGCGUCCCAGCCGGUGGGUGGAAGGAGGAGGAGAGAAAGAGGGAAGCGGCGACGGAGAAGCGAGUCAAGGAGCUGAUGGAGGAGACCAAACUCUGGCGCACAGCCAACAGCGCCCAGUGGGUUGCGUGGGGUCUUGUCCAGGCUAAGAUUCCUGGUUUGAAGGUUUCCUCGGAUGGCGAGGCGGAAGAUGUGACUCCAACCGAGGAGGAGACUGAAGAGGAUGCCGAUGCGUUUGAUUAUCUUGGAUAUACACAGUCGAGAGCCUACUUUUUCCUGGGUGAUUGUGUUCAACUUGGUUUGAUCAAGUUGGAGAAUCUUCCCGAGGAGACUAGGGGACGGGUGAAGAUUGUUGAGGUUUGA